ACAACACCUCCAACGCCGUGCGGACUCAACACAGUGCAAAAGAGUGCGGGGAAGGAGCGAAACAAGUGUCUAACCAUUGAUUUUCCUAGUUCUUUCUCUUCCUUUUUGUGGUUUGUUUCCUUUUUCGCGUUGAAAGUGCGUUGAAAGCCCGCAAUCAUGCUGAGCUCGUUCGAUGGCGAUAAGAAAAAUGGCAACUUUUCUGCACAGUACGAAGGAAGUAAGAUUCACUCGAGUCCUCCAGUGUGUCCUUGUGUGACUAAUGCGUGCUUUGUCCGCCACUCAGAUGGUGUUCAGUAUCCGGACGUCUUCAAUCAACUCUACCUGGACACCUAUCGGCGCUCCAUCGAGACGCCUGAGGAGUUCUGGGGCGAAUUGGGUCAGCAACUGAUCGACUGGGACAUGCCCUUCGAGAAGGUCCUCGAUCACUCCAAUCCGCCGUUCACGAAGUGGUACGUGGGCGGCUAUCUGAACGCGUGCUACAACUGCGUGGAUCGGCACGUGAUCGCCGGAAAAGGCGACAAGGUGGCCUUCAUCCACGACAGUCCCAUGACCAACACGGUGCGCAAGGUGACGUACCAGGAGCUGUACGAUCGCAUCAGCAGCCUGGCCGGCGGCCUGCGCCAGCUGGGCGUGCAGAAGGGCGAUCGCGUGGUGAUCUACAUGCCGCUGGUGCCGGAAGUGGUGAUGGCCAUGCUGGCCACAGUUCGCCUGGGUGCCAUUCACUCGGUGGUCUUCGGCGGUUUCGCCGCUAGUGAACUCUGCACGAGGAUCGAGCACGCCGAGCCGAAGGUCGUGAUCGCGGCCAAUUGUGGCAUCGAGCCCAACAAGAUCAUCCCUUAUCUGGACAUCCUGCACGACGCCAUCGAGAUGUCGGCCUGGAAGCCCAUCUGCAAUGUGAUCUUCCAGCGCAGCAACGUCCUGCAGUCGCCCAUCGAUCCCAAGACGGACAUUCUGUGGGAGAAGGUCAUGACGCUGGGCGAGAAGGCCGAGUGUGUUCCCGUGGAGGCCAGCGAUCCGCUGUACAUCCUCUACACUUCUGGCACCACCGACAAGCCCAAGGGCGUCCUGCGCCCCACCGGCGGCCACCUGGUCACGCUGGCCUACACCUUCAACUCCAUCUACGGCAUCCAGCCGGACGACGUGUGGUGGGCGGCCUCGGAUCUGGGCUGGGUGGUGGGGCACUCGUACAUCUGCUACGGGCCGCUGCUGCACGGCUGCACGGCCGUGAUGUACGAGGGAAAGCCCGAUCGCACGCCGGAUCCCGGCCAGUACUUCCGCAUCAUCGAGCAGCACAAGGUCAGCGCGGUCUUCUCCGUGCCCACAGCCUUCCGCGUGAUCCGGCGCGUGGACCCGGAGAUCAAGUGCGGCUCCAAGUUCAGCCUCAAGUCCCUGCGAACGAUCUUCAUCGCCGGUGAGCACUGCGACCUGGAGACGAAGCUGUGGAUGGAGAACGUCUUCAAGGUGCCCGUGCUCAAUCAUUGGUGGCAAACGGAGACGGGCUCCGCCAUCACGGCCACUUGCCUGGGCUUUAAUCAUAGCCUGAACCCACCGAAGUUCACCACCGGACUGCCCUAUGUCGGCUACGAAGUCGACGUCCUCCUGCCGGAUGGAUCGCAGGCAGAACCCAACGAACUCGGACGCAUCGUCAUAAAACUGCCCCUUCCGCCGGGGAACAUGUGUAAUCUGUACAAGAACCCAGAGCUCUUCGAGAGAACCUACUUCCGCAAGUAUCCUGGCUACUAUGACACAAUGGACGCCGGCUACAAGGACGAAAGUGGCUACAUUUUCGUCACUGCGCGCGAUGACGAUGUGAUCAAUGUGGCUGGUCACAGGAUCUCGACGUCCAGCCUCGAGGACGCUGUGCUCAGACAUCCAGACAUCGGCGACGCCGCGGUCUUUGGCGUUCCCGAACCCACAAAGGGCGAAGUUCCACUCUGUCUCUACGUCACGAAGAACGAUGUCACGAAACCGUCUAACAAACUCUCUGUGGAACUGAUCAAGAUCAUCAGGGAAGUCAUCGGACCGAUUGCGGCCUUCAGACUCGUCGCCAGAGUUCAGGCGCUUCCGCGAACGCGAUCGGGCAAAACCAUGAGGAAAUCCAUGGCGGACUUCGCGAGGAACAAGCAAGUCGUCUUGCCGGCAACCAUCGAAGAUGCCACGGUUUUCACAGACAUCCGGCGAGCUCUGCAGGAGCUCGGCUACGCCAUGACUGCCCCUGAUCCGGUCCUCAGCAUGAGGAAGAUGUGAAACAGCCCUGCGAUCAGCACCAGUGUACAUAAGACGCCAAACUGCUUCUUCAAUGUUAUA